AUGGAUGUUCUGUGGACUCUCUCGGCCGCCGUGGUGGAGCUCCUGCUCCUCUUCAUGCUCCUCCACCUGGCGUGGGUCGUCCACCACUACCUCUGCAAAGUCGAGAUCCCGCACGGCAUAUCGGAACCUCGGAAGCUGAAGCUUGCGGUAUUCUUGUUUAUAUGGCUGGUGUCGAUGGAUUACGUUCUGAAGAAAAUCGGCAUCUUCAAGCACGAGAUGGUCCUGGUGAACCUCUUACUGGACGCGUCUCCUAGGGUCAAAGGUCCGUCCCUCUCCACCAGCGACACCCACAUCGAGGGCGUCCCGGUGAGGUUGUAUCGGCCCAAACCACACCGGCUGUCGCAGAGAGGGAUCGUCUUCAUCCACGGAGGAGGAGGCACCAGCGGAAGCAUCGCACCGCCAGGCAGAUGUGAACCCCUAUUUUCUCGUUUCCAUAGGUAUCAUCUGGUUCCUUACCAGCCCUAUCCGAAGCAGUACUACCAGUGUCUGGAUGUUGCCGUGCAUUUUAUGAAACACGCCGAAGAGUAUGGCGUUGAUCCCGGCCGGGUGAUCGUCUGCGGGGACAGCUUCGGAGGGCUGCUGGCGGCGUCUGUUUGCCAGAUGCUCGUCCAGAAGGACGACGUCCCCAAACCACGUGCCCAGAUGUUGGUCUACCCCUUUCUUCAGUCCGUCAAGCACAGCCUGCCUUCCUAUAUGCAAAAUGCCCAUACCCCGCCCUUAGGCAGGAAGGAACUGGUGACGGCCGCCUUGAAGUACAUCCAGAAAAACUUCUCCCUCCUGGAGGUGAUCAUCCAAGGAGACCACAUCUCCAGGGAGGUGAAGGCCAAAUACGACAAAUGGCUGAGCAAGGAGAAUCUCCCGGAAGAAUUUAGGAGGAGGGAAAGCAAACCUAGAACGCCAAACGGUUUCUCCUUUGGGGAAAUACAGGAGCUCAUCGACCAGUUGUGUGGGCCACUCCUCUCCCCGCUCUUGGUCGAUGACGCCGUCAUCCGGCAGCUUCCAGACACUUUUAUUUUGACCUGUCAGUUUGAUGUCUUGAGAGACGACGGGGUUUUGUACAAGAAGCGCCUGGAGGACAACGGGGUCCCGGUCACCUGGUGCCACUUCGAGGACGCCUUCCACGGAUUUUUGGGCUUUCUCAACCAGAGGUUUUUGACAUUUUCGAAUAGCAAACAAGGAGCGGACAGCAUGGUCGACUACAUCAGACGUUUCUAA